CAGGAACAAGGAGGAGCGAAAAUGGGAGCUUCGAUAAUGUCUUCUCCCUCUCAUUCUCACCUCAUCCACUCUCUUCUUCUCCGGUCAGUUCCUUCUUCUCUCUCGACUUUCCUCUCUAGACCCUCCGCCGCCAUCUCAGCCGCUUGCUCCCAUCAGUUUAAACCCAAUAGUUCUAUCUUCCUCAUUCGCCAAUCUCCUCACCGUUCCCGGUCUUUUAGUCCCUCAGCAUCCGUUUCAUUCUCUCGCUCCUUUUCUUCCACCAUUUCUGAUACCUCUGCGGUCGGAUUUGAAGACGACGAUGUAAUUGACGAUGACGACGAAAGUGAUUACGAAGAUGAAGUUGAAAUCGAAGAUGAAGUUGAAAUCGAAGAUUUCGAACUGGAAGACAACACCGUUGAGGACGGGUUGGAAACUGCUGUGGCUUCGGACUCGUCUUCGGCGGUGGUGAGUAGAAGUGAAGUGAAGAAUAUUCCGAGUUUGACGGUUAAGGAGAAGAAAGAGUUGGCAUCGUACGCUCAUAGCUUGGGGAAGAAGCUGAAGAGUCAGUUGGUGGGGAAGUCUGGCGUCACUCCUGGCUUGGCUACUUCUUUCAUCGAGACACUUGAAGCCAACGAGCUUCUCAAGAUCAAAGUUCUGGGGAACUGUCCAGGGGAGCUGGAGGAUGUGGUGAAGCAAUUGGAGGAAUCAACAGGGUCUGUGGUAGUGAGCAAAAUUGGGAGAACUGUUAUCAUUUAUAGGCCCAGCAUCUCUAAAAUGAAAGCAGAGGAAGAAAAACGACGUGCCCGAAAAAUGUAUGUGAGAAAAGAACCCGAUCGAGUGAAACUAUUUUUGCAGAAUAAAGUACAAACACCGAGAAGCUCGAACCGAGGUCGUCGUGGAAGCAGCAGGUUUUGAUCUGAAGUAGAAUUCACAUCUAACAGGUUUAUUUUGAAAUUUUAUCCAUGCAAGUUUUUUGUUACACCGUUCUAAAUGUUGCAGUUCCACUAGUUUUUAUUUGGUUCAUCAAUAUAGAGGCUUUUGUUCUGCUUUCGUUUCA